UUAGGUUACGUCUUGAUUUCCUUUUCAUGAAAAGAUUUUCACAAUAACAAGAUAUUUUUGAGAUAAUCUGGAGCUUUAAGAGGAUUUAUUUCGCAAUAAUUUUACCUAAUUGGGGAUGUCCCGAGGGGUAAAUGAAGAAUUAAUCUCGAUUUUUUUCGGAGAUGAUCAUGAAAUCUCACUGCAGCAGGAUCUUGAAAGAAAUAGACAAGAGAUAAAUAAAGUAACAAUAUGAAAAGUAAAUCUUCAUUUCUGGAAAAGAAUUUGGGGAAAAAAUGACACAGUUUUUUGUAUUGAAAGAUUUGGGAUUAACCUAAUUGUUUGAAGGAAAUUUUUCGAAUAUCUGCGGAUAAGUAUAUAAUAAGCCAAGAUGAAGUUUAAGCAGAAAUUUGAAAGGUCGCUGUCUCUCAGAUUCUCAUCAGACAGAAAGAAAAAAUUGGGCAGCUUCAGUGACAUUUGGAAUGGCACGCUAUCUAGAAAUCUGAAGACAAAUAAAGACUGUUGCGAGAAUGAAAUAGAUUCUAAAUUUAACUGUGGAAAUUUUAAAGAUUGCAAUAAAGCGGAGACCUGCCAAUCAUUAUUGCAUGAAGGAAACUUAAUCUGUGGACUUAAAUGCCAUUUACCCGCAGAUACUAAAAACAUUUCUGUUCCAGAAUGUACUUCUAGAAUGAUAGAUUAUAGUGGUGAGAAUAACUUGCUAUCAAAGUUUCUGAGUAAUUGUGAAAAUGGUCCGUCAGAAUCUGAAUCUAUUAAUUGUAAUCAUACAAGAGCUGGAAAGAGACAGAAAAAGGAAAGCAUCUUUAAAAGGAAGUUUUAUAAGACAAGAAAAAAAGCUGGAUUUGUGAAAAGUAUUUCAAAUACAAAAAAUAUUGCAAAAAUUUCCAGUAGAAAUUUGUCUGCAAAUUUAAAUUCGCAAAUACUGGCAGAUUUGACAGAAAUUAUUGACAUUUCAAAAUGCACUGUCAGACAGAAAUCUUGUGAAGGAAAAGCCAUUAUUUCGAAAGAAGACACACAACAAUCUGCAGGGAAGUUAAAGCAUGACAGGCAAGUUACAGAAGAUAUUAACAAAAGAUCAAAUUUACAUUUGAAUUUAGGGAAAAGGAAUAGUGUGGAGCCGGAAUCGCAUGUUGUAAAACAAACUGGGACAGAAGAAUUGGAAUCUGAAAAUCUGUCAGUUAAAAUAACUAAAGACUUGUCACCAACAUGUGCAGACAUUUAUGGAAUCGAUGAAGUAGAUAAUGUUUCAUUUGAUAGACUUAUUACUGAAAGAGAUUGUAUAAAUGGCAUGGACGUGAAAGUAGAUAAUAUCACAAAAGAUAAAGAACUAGAAUGUUCAUCAAAAACAGUUGAAAGGAAUAAAACUGAUGACAUGUCAUGUAUUGAUGCUCAAAGUGCUGUUGAUAUUGGUAAAGAAUUUCAUAAAACAUCUGAAGCAAAUAAUGUGAAAAGUAUUUUGAAUAUAACUGCAAAUGAAUUUUGUGAAACUAAUUCAGAGAAUAAUAAACACAUGAAAAGGUUACCUAAAGAGGAGAAAGACUUGUGUAGAAUUCCUAGUUUAAGAAGGAUAAGUAGCCACUCCCAAAGCACAAAUACUAAAGAACAUGUCGAAGUGCAUGAAAAUCCUUGGGUGUUACGAGACAGCAGUGUAAAAUCAUACCAUACAUCUGUAGGUCUUGCAAAUAUUGAAAUUGAAAGCUCACUAGGUUUUGAAGUAAAUUCUGCUAAUCCAGAGGAGAUAGAAACACAUGCGUCUGCUUUAGUCAGAAGCGGAAGUGUUGAUUCUGUUGACUCUUUCAGUUCAAGUUAUCAUUCUGUGAACUCUGUGAAAGAUUUGUAUUUCUCUGACUCUGAAGCAGAACACAACUUAGAAGAUAUAACUGAUGAUUCAGUUGAAGGUACAACUGAUUUAAGUGUUUCUAAAACUGAAUUGGAUUCAAGGGAAAUAGUAACGAACCUUGAUAAAGGUUCUAACAUUUGCACAAAUGUUGGACAGACUUCAAAAAGUUUGCAUGAGGUAAACAAAAGAAAUAAGAGACCAAGUAGCAUGGAUCAUUUUCCUAUGGUGUUAGACCACAAAAACACAGAAAAGAAGACUUUAAGUGACUCAGAUUCUGAUGAAAAACAAAUGAUUCCAUAUGCUCUAGCAGAAACUUUCAGUAGUAGUGUGACUGUAAGAAGGAAGAAGAAGCUGCAUAGUAGAUCAUUUGAUGAAAAAUUGGAUAAAUCCAUUUUAGAAAGCCCAGAAAGACAUUCUGCAGGCAAAAAGUCCAGUCUGAUUAAAUCCGUAUCACUUGGCUUCUCAGGGGAAAACGAAGGUAAAACUGGUGAAAAAGUAAAACAUUUCAGAAGAUCAUUAGAUUCAAGUUUAGCUCAUCGAAGUAUCUUGUCUGAGUUGCAAUCCCCAGAGAAAAGAAAGUCAGUUAUAAAUGGCUCAAGUGAAUUUCUUUCGCCAGUUCUAGAAUCUGAUGUCAAGGCUUCAAAGACUGGUAAACAAGAACAUGGAGAGGUUGAAAAGAACUUGGAUCCCACAAGAUUUUUCACCCUUCCAAAUCCAAAGAAACUGAAAUCACAGCAACAAAAUUUGAAAAAGAAGUUGAGCAGGCUAGGGAGUGUAUCGAAGCUUAUAAGUGAUAAAGCCAAUUCUUUAUCAAGUUUGAAAAUGGGAGCUUCAUUCAAACUGAGAAAAGAAAUAGAGAAGUCAAAAGAGUUAGUUUCUUCAUCAGCUACAUCUUUCUCUGAUUUGAUGUCGAAGAAGGCUUCAAGUUUUUCUACAUUGAUCAGAAGAAGAACUAACUCAAACACUGCAGUUGAAAGUCCUUUUAAAAAAUACACAAGAAAAGUUAACAAAGUCAAAGACGAAAACCAGUCGGAACUAGUUUAUGAGAAAGUUAGAGUGAGAGUACCAACUAAGCGCCCUGUCACUUCACUUGAGAAAACAGCAAGGUCAAAAAGGUUAAGAGUGAAUCUUAGACUUGCGAAAAAUGCUUGUAAGAGUGAGUCUGAGAAGUAUGAUUUGGAUUCAAGGUCAAGAACGAACAGUUUUAUUGGACGGCCUUGGAGUUCAGGAUCAGUUAGUCCUGUGAAAAGUCCAACCCUUCUAGAUGAAAUAAUGAAAUCCGUAGAUUCUAAAGGAGUAAGACAACAAUGUAGUGUCAGUAAUGAUGAUCUUGAACCAUCAGAUUGUGGGGAAAGUUCAGGUAGUAGCUCGUUAUUUUUGUUUCAGAAACAAUACAGUUUAGACUCUGAUACGAAUUUGGUUAAGGACACUACAUUGAUAUCUGUGUGUAGAGUCUGUGGCAGAAUCAGAAGUGGUUCAGAUAGGAGCAGUGACUCCUCAGAUUCCUUGAUAGUGAAGAGACACUCUGGGUCUUACAGGUUUUCACUUAGUUUAUGUGAUUUAAGCUCAACUUGCCAGUGUUUGAAACAAAACAAAACUUGCAGAAAUAGAUUUAGUGUCGUAUUGCCUGUCACAGAAAGUUUUGCUCAGAAGUCGGAUUUAAGUGCAAAUAGACGGUCUUGGGAUAUUAUUUCGGAUUUUAAAGGAAGUGUUCCAGGUGAAAUAAAAGGAGGAAAUGUUUUCCAAAAAGGGAAAAUAUGGUUACCCAGUUAUCAAAGACCAUCAUCCAUGUUUGAUCUUAGAUAUAAUCUAAAUGAAACAAAAGAAGAAAAAGUAGAAUUUGAAGUGGGAGUUGCAGUUAGCAGAGAGAGUAUUGAUAAUUCAGAUGCCUUGCCAGGAACUUUGCUGAGACAUAAACCUUUACUUGAUCUAAGUGGUGAAAAUUUAGAUGAAACUGAAGACUCACAAGAAGACUUGAUAGAUGAUAAGGAGGACAGUUACGCAAAGAAAAGCCAAUCGUGUGGAGAUUUAUUAGAAUCUGGAAGAUACACAGAUAAUGAGAUUAUUCAGAGUAAUUUAGUAAAGGUCAAAGUGAAGAACGAAAAUGAUGAAGAAACAGAGAGCUUCCAUUCUUGUUCAGAAAUCGUUGAAACAGUUGAAACAGACUUUGUAUUUGAGGGAAAUUCAGACAAACAGAAGUCACAUUCAUGUAGUAAUCUACUAGAUACAAAUGAAGGGAAUCUUGGAGAUAAUUUGAAAACAGAAGAACAGAGAAAGAAAGAAUUGAGAAAGGUGAAAGUCAAAUCAAUGUCAAGUUCCCAUGAUGCACUAAGUGCUCUUGUUCCCAUGAAUACUAUAACUGUUGAUGAAAUUGAUGGCUUCCUAGGAACAGGUCUGAGAAAUACUGGAAAAAAUGGGAUGGAUGCAGAAAAUGGACAGUCCGUUGUCAAUAAUAUAAUUGAAUUAACACAGAGUGGUUUAAAUUUCGAAAACAAAGUCAAUAAACAACAUACAGAUACUGACAUAAAUACAGAAGUUGAAAAUAGAAUUAAUAUGGAAAGAUCUAUAGUGGAUGAAGAUAAAGAAAAUACUGUAUGCAAAAAUUGUAACUGUUUAAGAAAUUUGUCAAAUGAAAGAAAAGCAUUGAUGAAGUUUGGCUUUGCAACUCCAAGUAAAGUAGUUUCAAAACCACCUUUACCUAAGUGUGACAGACGCCGAGCAAAAGUUCUUUCUCUAAGUGAUAUUUCAAACCAUGACAAUGUGGACUUACGAAAUUUAAGGAGGCAAAAAGGGUUUUCGAUGAUUGAAUUGCAUGAAGAAAAUAGUAAUGUGUGUAUGUGUAAAUUAAAUUUUGGAAGUGAAGCAGAAAAAUUGAAAAGUCAACUAGAUAGGUCUAAAUCAAGCAUUACGCCAAAAUCUGGCUCACUAAGAAAACCUGUUCGAAAGUUUUUAUUUGAUGACCAACAAGUUCAGAAUUAUAUAAAAACAGUUUCUAAACUUGACAGACAAAAGUCAGUUUCAAGUGAUAAUAUUAAUAGCGGUUCAGUAGACAGUCCUACGCAAGCAAACACAGAUAAAUUGCAUUCUGCAUGUUCACUUAAUCGUUUAUCAAGAAAUUCAUGGUCAGAUGAAGUUUUUAAUAGACUGUCUUUCCCUCUUGCACCACAGUUUUCUCCAUAUAUAGAAUUUUUCGAGUCGACACCUGUGAAGGGAUUUUCAAGACUUUCAGGUCCCCGGAUUACUUCCCCUGGAUUGCUGCCAGAGCUGCCAGAGUUGCCUUCCCUGACAGAGGAGUGUGUGUACAAGUAUGAUGUUUGUCUAGGGUAUCUCCUACAUUCAGUUCAAUGUGAUAAUAAGAUGAUAUGUGUCUAUUCAUUACAGAGGAACAAACAGUUGAUGGAAUCAGUCAUCACUCCAUUGACAGCUUCACCUCAUACUCCACGUAGAAAGACACAAGAACAUGGAAGUGUAAACAAGAGUAAACCUCAGCACAAAACCAAGUUUGAGGAAUUUCCUAACCCAGCUGCUCCAAUCACAAAUGUGCCUUCAGAUCGAUUAGCCCGUGCUGGUCUCGUACUGCGGACAGUACUAUUGGCUCGAGCUCCGCACAUGAUUAGGGAUCGUAAAUUUCAUUUACGAACAUAUCGACGAUGUAUGGUUGGUACAGAAAUGGUAGACUGGUUACUUCAGCAGAGUGCACUAGUGCAUUCACGGACACAGGCUGUUGGAAUGUGGCAGGCGCUUGUAGAGGAAGGUGUGGUGGUACAUGUGUGCCAUGAGCACCAAUUCAAAGACAAGUACCUGUUUUACCGAUUCCACGAGGAUGAUGAAGGUGUGAGCACAGUACCGAGCAGCGCCACCAAGCGGGAAUGUGAGGAAGAUUUACCGGACGUUUUCCUCAUGUUGGCACAUAUCGGACCAGAUGCUAUGAUGAGAAUGAUCCUUAGAAAACCACCACAUGAAAGAACGUCAGAAGACUUGGAGAUUAUUUAUGAGGAGUUACUGCAUAUCAAAGCCCUGUCACACCUGUCAACUAUGGUGAAGAGAGAGUUAGCUAGUGUCCUACUGUUUGAGUCACAUGCUAAAUCAGGAACUGUUUUGUUCAAUCAAGGAGAUGAGGGAAAGUCUUGGUACAUUAUACUGAAGGGAUCUGUUAAUGUUGUUAUUUACGGAAAGGGAGUUGUGUGUACACUUCACGAAGGAGAUGACUUUGGUAAACUGGCUCUCGUAAAUGAUGCACCACGGGCAGCCACCAUCGUGUUGAGAGACGAUAACUGCCAUUUUCUUAGAGUGGACAAAGAAGAUUUUAAUAGGAUCUUACGGGAUGUUGAGGCCAACACCGUGAGAUUGAAAGAGCAUGGUCAGGAUGUCUUGGUACUGGAGAAGAUACCCUCUAACACACAGACAGCAGAUGGCACUGUACAAGCUCAUUACAAAUACUCUGUCAUGGCUGGAACUCCAGAGAAAAUGUUAGAACAUCUUCUUGAAAGUAGGCUGGACAACAAAAAUGAGACAGAGAUAGAUGGAUUUCUUGAAGAUUUUCUACUUACACAUGUGAUCUUUAUGCCGUGUAAUCAUCUGUGUCCAGUACUGCUCUCACACUAUCAUUCAUCAACUGCAGACACUACAGAACAAGAGGGUUUUGAGUUUAUGUUGAACCAUAAAAAAUGUGUGUUACAUUUUGUACAAGAAUGGGCCAAUAUCGUCGGGGUUGCCUUCAAAGAGGACCACACUAUCAACGCUUUUCUGGAGGAGUUACAAAGCUGUGUGCAGGAUGACCUUGAGGAUUACCCGAGCUUGAAGGAUGACAUUGUAAACCUAGAAACCAUUCUCAGUACACACUUCGGAUCCCCGAGCAGCAAAAUGAAGAAAAGAAUGUCGGGAUCAUUCACCUUCUCGAGAAAACAUUCAAAAGAAUGCUGUCAGGAUAUCCCCAGGAAGAGAAAACCAAGGUGCCCAUCAGAUGAAACAAUUUUCAAAGUGUAUUGUGCCGACCAUACCUACAGCACACUCAAAUUACCAAUGGACACCAAGGUGGAACAAUUGUUACUGUCAACCAAGGAAAAGCUUGGACUUGGUGAUGACCUCAUUCUCUGUGAGGUGAAAUCCACUGGAGAGAGACUGAUCUUCAAAGAGAAUGAUUUGUGUGUAACUACAGGGCUCAGUAUCAAUGGCCAGCUUUUUGUUACACCAAAAGAACAUCUAGAUGCACUGACACCACUACCAGAACAAGAGGGUCCUUCAGAAGGAUCGUUUGCCUCCAUAGAGAUGUUCAGUUCUAGAGAGAUGGCCUAUCAUAUGACACUGUAUGACUGGGAACUGUUCACAUGUGUGCAGGAGUAUGAGCUGAUAUAUCAAGUUUUUGGUCGCUACAAGUUUGGGAAGAUCACGGCCAAUCUAGAUUUGUUUCUACGUCGCUUCAAUGAGAUUCAGUUUUGGAUCGUCACAGAGAUGGUGCUUACAAACAACCUCAGUAAACGUGUUUCAUUGCUGAGGAAAUUCAUUAAACUAGCUGCUCACUGUAAAGAGUUCAGAAAUUUGAAUAGUUUCUUCGCAAUUGUGAUGGGACUGAGCAACAUUGCAGUCAGUAGAUUGUCACAGACAUGGGAGAAACUGCCUAGCAAGUUCAAAAAGAUGUUUGCAGACUUCGAGACCCUCAUGGAUCCCUCAAGAAAUCACCGUGUAUACAGACUGUCAGUUGCAAAAAUGCUACCACCUAUUAUACCAUUUAUGCCUCUUCUCAUGAAAGAUAUGACAUUUACACAUGAAGGAAACAAGACAUACUUUGAUGGAUUGGUUAACUUUGAAAAAAUGCAUAUGAUAGCUCAGACGCUGAAGACUGUGAGAUUCUGUAGAAGUGCAAGACUAGAAGUUGAAGCUCCUGGAACAUUAAAAUCCUCAGACACAUCAGAGUAUAUACGCAGCCUGAAGGUGAUUGACAAUCAAAGCGAUUACUUACUCAAACUUCAAUACAAAUUAGAGCAAGAAACAUAA